AAUCAAAGUUCUAACCUGUAGAACGCUGUUAAGACGAUUGAAAUAUAGAGAAAAGUAGGGAGAAAAAAAACGAAGGAGUGAGCGACGUCGAUGGCUGGGCGUUGACCAAUCAGAGCGAAUUAUGGGCAUUUGGAAGUGACGGUGAUAUGAGAUCAGCGCUAAAGAAAGAAAAAUCCCCAAAUCAACGGCGUUCGUAAAGGAAGCAUCGGGGAGAGAGAAAGAGAAUUGCGCGAGUAUGAUUGGUCGAGAAGGGAUACGCGGUGUUGGAUGUGGUAGGGGUACUCGCGUGAGAGAGUCGCCUCGUUGUAGCGUCAGCACGCACUAAGCGGUUCAAUCUGUGCGUUAACGAACACUUUCUUUCAUAAGAGGCUUGAAAAAGCUCAACAAGAUAAAUCCUUGGAAUAUAAGGACGGCGGAAUAUAGAAGAGAAGGAAGAAGAAGAAACAGCAAAUAUGUCGACGAAAUCAAAUAAGAAGACGUCCUCGACGACUAUGUCUUCUAAUACGAGCACCAUUCAAACACCACCACCACCACCUCAUUCGUCCACACCUAUCGGUGGCCAAAGACCUGGCAGUCCAUUAAGUCCUACGCGUUAUUCACGAUUGCAAGAAAAGAAGGAUUUACAAAACCUGAACAAUCGGCUAGCAUGUUAUAUUGACAAGGUGAGGCACCUCGAAGCCGAAAAUUCAAGACUUACGCGGGAAGUACAUACUACACAGGAAACAACUACACGCGAGGUUUCCAAUAUUAAGUCUAUGUAUGAGCAGGAAUUAUCCGAUACAAGAAAAUUGUUAGAUGAAACUGCCAAGGAACGGGCUAAGCUUGAGAUUGAUACAAAACGAUUAUGGGAUUGCAACGAGGAACUUAAAAAUAAAUUGGAGAAAAAGACAAAGGAUUUGCAAAUAACCGAAAGAAAUUUAAGUUUGUACGAAGCGAGAAACAAUGAUUUGACAUCUCAAUUAACUCAAUGUCAAACCGAGCGUAAAAAAAUUACGGAUAAGGAUAGAGAAUUGGAAAAGGAGAAUGAACGAUUGAACGCAGCUCUGAACGAUACGCGUCAUCAUCUGGAAGAAGAAACGUUACAGCGUAUAGAUCUUGAAAAUCAUAUUCAAAGUCUCAAAGAAGAUUUAAGUUUUAAAGAUCAAGUAUAUCAACAAGAACUUACCGAAACGCGUUCGAGACGGCAGGUUGAAAUCUCCGAGAUAGACGGAAGAUUGGCUGAAAAAUAUGAAGCUAAAUUACAACAAUCAUUACAAGAAUUGCGUGACCAGUAUGAGGCACAAAUGCGAGCCAAUCGCGAGGAGAUUGAAAUGUUAUAUGAAAAUAAGAUCAAAAACUUGACUUCACAUGCUCAACGUAAUAGCGAUGCAGCCAAUAAAGCUAUCGAGGAAUUGAGACAAACUCGAUCAGGAAUUGAUACUUUCAAGCAAAAGAUCAACGAGCUCGAGGCCUCUAUCAAUGCUUUGAAUGCGAGAAUUCGGGACUUGGAAAGUCUACGCGAGAACGAACGUAUGCGGCAUGCUGAAAGUAUAGCCGCUUACGAAGCAGAAUUAGCUCGCAUGAGAGAUGAAAUGGCUCAACAAUUACAAGAGUAUCAAGAUUUAAUGGACAUAAAGGUUGCCUUAGACUUGGAAAUUGCUGCAUAUCGUAAAUUGUUAGAAUCCGAGGAAGCUAGGUAUAAUUGUACACUUACAAUAUUUAUUAAUAAAAAAAAAAAAGAAACGGGUUUAUUAUUUCUCUAUAUCGUUUUUAGGUUGAAUAUAACACCAGCAACCCAAUGUAGUACUAGUAACGUGACACAGACUAGCAGAAAUACUCCAGCAAGACAAACACCUCUGAGAGGAAAGAGAAAGAGAACUUUACUAGAGGAAAGCGAAGAACGUAGUAGUAGUGACUACAGUAUCAGUGGUACAGCAAGGGGCGACAUUGAAAUUACGGAAGCUGAUCCUCAUGGUCGAUAUGUCAAACUUACUAACAAGGGUAACAAAGAAAUUGGACUCAGCGGUUGGCAAAUUAUUCGCAAGGCUGGCACUCUAGAAACAGUCUUUAAAUUCCAUCGAACUGCAAAACUCGACUCGGGUGCAAGCGUAUCAGUUUGGUCAGCUGAUAUUGGUGCGACUCAUGAACCACCAUCCAAUAUCGUUAUGAAGGGUCAAAAAUGGUUCAUUGCAGAAAAUAUGACUACAGUUUUACUAAACAAUGACUCAGAAGAAAUGGCAACAUCUGAACGAAAACGACAACAGUUGUCCACAUCUGUUUCACGGCAUAGAGAAAGUUUAGGAUUCCGACCUUCAGAAGAUCUCCAUUACCAGCAGAGAAGAUAUCUCUACCCAUAUUAAGUGCCUGGGCACAUGAACUCUGAUGGGCAUCUUAUGGUGAUGCACCGGGUGGUCCCGAACGUUGUCGCCUUAUGUGAACAUAUUAAAUUACAUUUAUUAGAAAUAAGCAUUUUUAUUAUAACAUGAUUUCUUCAAAUACUUAUAUUUAAAAUACCGAUAUUUUAUGCCACGAGCAGUAUAUAAAAUAUCAACGAUUAUAAUAUUAACAUACAGAUAAAAUAAAUAAUAAAAAGAAGUAAGACUAUGUCGAAAAUAUAUAUAUCUAGGGCUCGAUACAUUUGUAAGCUGAUUAUCGUUUCAGAUAGACAGGAUUAAAUGUAAAAAUACAUACGAAAAAUGAAUAUCUAGCUAAAAUUAAAAUGAGAGACAUGGUAUGGUAUAAUAUUGUUCACAAAUCAAAGUUUAUAAUUAUAAUUUUUUCUAUAUUCGUACGUACAUAAAUAUUAUUUAUUUUUUUUUAAUCAUUCUUUUGUGGUUACUGUUUUUGUCGCGUCACAAUUCUUAAUUUAUUUGUACUUUUCUUUUUUUACAAAUCCUGAUUCUUGAUGGAAUUGUUCUUUCGUUUGUUGAAGCUAAUCUAAUUAAAUGGUGUCAUGCCUUGAUGUUUUGUGCUUUUAUAAUUAUCUCUCUCUUAUUAUUCAAUAUAUCAUUGGGAAUGAAAAUGAAAUAGUACACUGUUCGUGAAAAUUACAAUUCUCGUACGAUAAUAAAGAAUUAACAACAAGAGAAACGUAUUUAUGAUUCCAUUGAGACGGUUAUCACUUGUAGAUUCGAAUAUAAAAUUAUUCUAUAUAAUUGUAAACAAAUUUAUAUAUCAUAUCAUUUAUGUUAAUAAUAAAAAUCAGAAAUAUUAACUGUAGCAAAGUGUAUUCGUAAUUUCUGUUUAUUUGUUCGUUUAAAUAAUUAAAAUUAUGAAUAUUGUAUUAUAUUGCCAAUUAUCAACCAGUAAUUAUGGAAGUGGUCUGAAUCGUUUGGAAUAAUAAAAAUUAUAAAAUUUUGUCUUUUUUCAAGAAUAUAAUAUAAAUAGUUACUUUAUUUUCGGGUUUGUCAUUAUAGGAAAAUAAUAUGCAUCUCAAUACGAAACAUAUGAUUUUUAAUCCAUUUCCAUAAUCAUCGGUUCAUAUGUUAAAUAAGAACAUAGAAUUUU